AUGAUGAGUGGACGGCCGUCCCUGAAGAUCAGCCUCAGUGAUGGGUCACGACGAGUGCCACGUCUUUCAAGCUAUGCGAGCUCCAUUCGCCCUUCUUCCAGCGAUGAUGCUUCUAGCAGGCCAAGAAGGAAGGAAUUCAAGGAAAUGGUCAAGAGAGCAACACCGGCUGACAUGAAGCAACUCAAAACGUUUCGGGAUGCGAAUAGUGGCAAAGGAAGAUCUUUCACCAUGGCCCGUCCAUGUCACAACAUGAAGUUCUCUGAAGGAAGCAGAGCCAUGAUGGCUGCUUGCAUCCCCCCUGCCCUUUCGUCCUCCUCCAAAUUUCCUGGUGCCAUUCGAUCCAACUCCUUUGGUAGAGCAGAACAAUUCUUGCGAAUGGGUCAAGCCGACGAAGAUACCGCGACCUCCAAUCCCAGUCUCCGUUACCUCAUUACAAGAGCACGACGUGGGUCCAGAAGGCCUUCAUACUCAGCCAAUGCCAGUCCAAACACUGCUACCAGUGGUGAUGCCAACAAAGGAAGGCCUCUGGUCAAGUUGAAUGGGUCUGCUCGUGACAAGCUAUCCGAUGCCGUGGCAGAACUGACCCGAUCCGCUCAACGACACAAAGAAGCUGCCAUAUUCAGGAACACCAAGUCCCAAGAUACGGUUCAGGACACUUGUGUCUCAUCAGACUCCUCUAGGACGCCUCGGCUAAAGAGGAACUCGUCUUCCUCAGAAGCCUCUACUACCAGCCAGAGCUCCUGUGCCGGGCUUGCGAGACCUAAACGGGCUCAGAAGAAGAACAAGAGUCGGAGAUUGCUUUCAGGUGCUGGUGAUUGUGGAAGAACUCCCUUUUCAUCCCCAUAUGGUCCUACCGAGAAUCGUCCCAUUCUGCAACUCCCAGAUCCAAGCACCAUUUCCGACCCGAAAGCUCUCUUUGCAAUGGCCCGCAAAAUGAUGUCCAAUCGGUCGUCUGUGCAGUCGCCAGGUAGCGACGAUAGUGUUAGUGCUGGCAUUUGUCUCGAGCUCCCAUCAAGACAGGGCUCCUUUUUGUCAUCCAGCAGCAAAGACACGAGCCCCAUUGCCUUGCUGCAACACCGCUUGGAAGUGACCAGCGAGGUCUUGAGAGAGACUGAAUCCGUCACUCAGGAGGAUGGCGAGAAGACGCUGUUGCAAAAGAUGACGGAAUCCGUGACAUCCAUCAUGGAGGAUGAUGACGAGUUGUCGUUCUGCUCCACAACCUCGCUUCACUCGUUGCCUUCGGUGCAACAAGAGGCCGCCAACGGGAAUGACGAUGAUUCCAUAGCCUUCUCCAUCGACUCGGUGCGCCUUCACAAACAGCAAAUCGAUACUACUACUGGUUCAAAGGGCAACAGUAACCAGAAAGUUGGGGAAGCGGCGGUCGGCAGCCUUGGGGCAACCAGCCAUCAUCAUCGGUUGCUGAGACAAACUGUUGUCGUGGAGUUUGAUUUGGACGAUGAUAUUCACUUCCAACGUGGAUCCAACGGUGAUGAUGAUGACGUCGAAUACGAAGAUGAGCGAUCUUUCGCAUCGGUGAGCUCUCUCAAUACCAACCUCUCGGAACGAAUGCAAGAUCUGGAUCUCAACAACGAGUGA